CGCAGCACCAUGGAGCGUUUUGCUUUUAAAAUCGAUGAAGCUCUGAAAGCAAAUUUGUGUAAAAUUUGUCGCCUCUGCGGCAUUGAUAAUCCACAGAAAGUAGAAAUAUUGCCAGAAGAGACUGAGGUUGUAGAUUUGGAUGAGCCGAGUUUAAGUCAAAAAAUAUUUGAGCUAGUGGGCUUUAUGGUAACUUGUGAUGAUAAAAUGCCCCAGACAAUGUGCAGCUUGUGUAUGGAUAAAAUCAAUGAUUUCUACGAAUUUCGUGAAAUGUGCCAUGCAACCAAUGAGCAGACGCGCAAGUUGCUAGGACUUAAACAGGCGGAACCACAAAGGUUGGAUACAAAUCUGAUGCUCAAGCAGGAGCCGGUGUCUAUCAGCAAACGUGGGCGAAAACGCAAGAUAGAUGAAACCAAAACCAACCGUGCGGAUUUACUUUUGGAUGUCAAAACGGAGCCGCUAGGCUGGCGCAAAAAAAUGCGACUACAAGCUAAAAUCAAAGAGGAACCCAAGGAAAGCUUUGUGGCCAAGCAGAGAGGGAAUCGAAAGGUCAGCUGCAGCGUGUGUGGCGAUCGCUUUGAUACCAAAGACAAGGCAGAGGAGCAUAAAUUAAACGUCCAUGUGCCAAUGAUACCACGAUACUAUUGCUAUGCCUGCAAUCAAACGCACCACAAUGCAAGCGACAUUAAAGCACAUCAAUUGUGGCACAAACUCUCCAAGACGCCCUAUAAAUGUCACAUGUGUGAUUCCAGCUUGGCCAAUAAUUAUGCCUUUACGCGUCAUAUGCGUGAGCAUACGCCCAAGACAGCAUUGGAGCUAUUGGUGCUAGAUCGCGAGUGUCCUUUGUGCCGCAGAACAUUUUUAACGAACUUUUUCUACAAUACACAUCCAUGUGCGCGACGCACGCGAAAAUGCGGCGGCUGCAGUCGACCGUUGGCCACUGACUUGGCCUAUAUGAAGCAUGCACCUUUUUGCGCCAAGAUUUAUUUGAAUCAUACUAAACAUAUUAUGCCCGAGGCGGCACACAACGAAGCGCAAAUGCGUAUCAAAAAUGAAUAUGAUGUGGAUAUUGAAGAUUCUGCUGCGCUGUCUGCCACAGUCGCCACUGAAGGUGAAGAAAUGCAGCCGGUUGUAAUAUUGGAACGAUUGGGAUCGCCUUUGCUGCGUGCCGCAGCUGAAUCGAAUACACUGGUGCGCAGCACUGAACGCAUUUCAGCAAAAGUUUACAAGAGGCGUGUCAACGAGCUGCUCAAAAGUACGAUGAGCACGCUAGUAAGCAUAAAGCAUGAACCCGAGGUACAUAUAAAUGACACAGGACCACAAGAAGAGCAAGACCAAGAGGAGGAGGAGGAGGAGGAAGACGAUUACGAAGACCAGCUGGACACAACAGACUUUCAAACAGCUGCCGACGACAGCGAACUAAGCGCCGAUGAGACUAUAGCUGUAGCUAUCAAGCAAGAGCCUAGUGAUGACACCUAUGGACAGCCACUUAAGCUCAAACUUAAAAUAACAAACAAUCAUGGACAACUUAAUUCAGCUAUUGUGGCUGAAGAUCCGGAGCUGCAAAGCAGGGCAAACAAAAAGAAAAAGAAACGCAAGCAUAGAGAGCGUCACAGAGAAACGCAGCCACCAGUUGAGACUCCGACUGGGAAUGUGACCGCAACUGAUACUGAGACUGAGACAGUGGCCAUAAAACAGGAACAAAUAGAGCAAGAAGAUGUUUAUCCCAAUACCAAUAUGGAUUUUGAAUCCCAGAGUAAUGUUAUGACAAGCAUACCCAUGUUACAACUAGCAGGCAGUUUAAACGAAGAGCGCGAACAGCAAGAGGAGUCACAACAGAUGGAAUCAGAGGAUGUUAAGCCCAAUCGGCAAGAGUUGGAUCGUUUGCUUCAGAUUACACACAUUGCCAGCGGUGUGGACAUGGCUAAGGAGGUUUCUUCUUCUUUGGAACCACUGCCACCUCAAGCAACAGGUCCAGAAGCAGAAACAGUUCGAGCACCAGCUCCGGCUGAGGAGGUUUCUCCUUCUUUGGAAGCAUUGCCACCGCAAGCAACAUCUCCAGCACCAGUUGUGGCUGAGGAGGUUUCUCCUUCUUUGGAACCAUUGCCACCGCAAGCAUCAUCUCCAGCACCAGUUGUGGCUGAGGAGGUUUCUCCUUCUUUGGAAACACUGUCACCUCAAGCAACAGCUACAGAGCCAACACCAGCUCAGUCACCAGCCGAAGCACCAGCUUUAUCCUCAGGCCAGGCUGAAGCAGGCACACAAACUGUGAGAAAGCCACGUACUAAACAUACUGCACGCAAAAGCACUAUGGGAUUGGCCCAUGAUGGAGCUGUUCCAUUGCUGCCACAAAUUGUAAACGUUGCCAGUGUUUCGAUCAAACUAGAGCCACAAAAUCGUGGCUAUGCGGAUGAGAUCAAUCAUAAUGAGAAGUUUGAUGAGCAAGCUGCCUAUAGUAAUAGUUUAGAUUUAAGUAAUAUUGUCAUAAAGCAGGAGCCAGAUUUGCAUAUAAAUGACGGCAUUCAAUUGGUGCAGCUGCCAACCAAUGUCGUGUCACAAGCUGAUUAUAUAAAUAAUGGCGGUAAUGAUCUACCUCCAACUGAAGAUGAAGCACAACAUUCUAUGGAUACAGAAGAGACACCUAUUUAUAAAGAGCUGGAGUUGCCGCCAUUAGAGACUACAAUAAAAGAGGAGCCUUUGGAAAUGGCGAGUGAAUUGGAGGUGUCACAGUCUGAGGAGCCAGAUGCAGCAUGCCGAGAAGGGGAAACAGAGUUUAAUUUUAUCAUCACCAAUGUAUACAGUCAAGCUGACGAAGCAACAUCCUUGGAGAACCCAGAGGCAGGAAAUGCGUUAGAGAACAUUGAGCAUAACCUGAGCACUGAGGAGCACAUUGAGGAGAAAACUGAUGAAGAACAUACUGAGAAAAAAACUAAUCAGGAGCACACUGUAGAGACAACUGAUCAAGAGCACACUGAGCAAGACACUGAUCAAGAGCACACUGAUCAAAAGCACACUGAGCAAAAGCACACUGAGCAAAACACUGAUCAAGAGCACACUGAGCAAAACUCUGAUCAAGAGCACACUGAGGAGAACACUAAGCAGCAGUCCACUGCAGACACAUUAAUCAAUCAAUCUGAAGAGGCGAGCAGCUGUAGUGCAAUAGUAACUCUCACUGUACCCAAAGAGAGCGAAACUCAUGCGCAACCAUUCUUUGAGGAAGAACGCGACAAUACCGCAAUAGACGACAACUGCUUUGAAGAGGAGCAACAAAAUGUGCUCAAUCAUGAGCUGACGGUGGAAGAGGCAGCGUUGCCCACUGAAGAGACUGAAAAUCGCUUCAAUGAGCAACAGCAGCAAAAUCAACAAGAGGAGCAGCAACAGCCGCAGCAGCAACCACGCUGUCUGGAUGAGGCCAACAUUAAUGAAAUAGCCGAAAAUAAUAAUAAUGCCAAUAUUGAACGCGAACUGCAGGAUGAUGCAUUGGUGGCGCAGGAUAACGCCCAACCACAUAUAGCUUAAGGUCUUUUAAUUUAAUUACAUUAAUAUGUAUAUUUAUCUAGCAAUAAGCCUACGCAUUGUAUAUACACUCAUCUGGAAUGACUUUAUCCAAAACAUACUCACUGUAAUUCGAAUAAACGCAUAAUCUAUACAAGUAUUUUAUAAGGUAAAUUAGCAUAUAGUACACAACGUUUAUUUAGUUUAAAAUACAUCAGUUAAUGGCUU